AUGAACGUAAUCGACCACAAAAUAAUUGCUUAUCGAUUUGUUGCCUAUUCAGCUGUUGGAUUCUCCGUGAUAGCUGUCCUUUCUGUAUCUGUCACUCUUCCCGUUGUUUACAACUACGCACAUUUCGUUAAGGACGCUCUUCGUAGAGAAGCGCUGAGUUGUAAGGAUUCCACCUACUCGCUUUGGAGCGAUGUAGCAAGCCUCAAACAGAUUCAUUUCUCAAACAGAAGUUCGCGUCAAGUCGAGAGCAAAAACGACGAAAUCAUCGGAGGACCAUGUGGCUCUUGUUGUCGGCCGGGACCACCUGGACCAACGGGACCGCCUGGUAAACCUGGGAAACCUGGUCGGCCAGGAGCUCCUGGCCUACCAGGGGUUCCUGGCCUUCCCCCACCUGACUCAUGUGAUCCUGUUUCGAUUCCACCAUGCGAGCGAUGUCCUGUUGGUCCUGCUGGCCCAAAUGGAAAACCAGGCCUCCCUGGUGAUCCGGGAGUAAAAGGCCCUCCUGGCUCGCCUGGCACAGAUGGAUACGCUGGAAAACAAGGAAAGAAAGGACAUCGUGGGCUGCAAGGAAAGCAUGGAAAACCAGGUAAACCUGGAGUAGCCGGGAAAGAUGCGGUUUGUGAGCCAAUCAUGGAAGGAGAACAAGGCCCACCUGGGAAACCUGGUUCCCAAGGACCACCUGGAGUGCCAGGGUUACAAGGAGCUAACGGAAAACAAGGUAUAUCUGGACCUAAAGGCGUACAAGGACGUGACGGACUACCAGGAUCCGACGGUACGCCGGGUCAACCAGGACCUCCAGGCCCUCCAGGACGACCUGGAGAGCCAGGAAUCUGUCCCAAGUACUGUGUUAUUGAUGGUGGAAUCUUCUUUGAAGAUGGUACCCGUCGCUAG